UGACACUCCGCCACCGAAGAAGCGAAGGAGUGAAGAAGCGAACUCUUGGACGACUCCUCCCCUCUGGAGGCGAAUGCGGGCUGCGCUCGCAAUAGCUCCUGCAAAGAGGUCCAUGAAGGCUCCAAGAACACGUCCCGAGGUCUCUGAGUGCCCUCUGCUUGUAAGGGCUAGCGAGGAAUCCUCUGAACCUCCGAAAGGUGGCCUACAAAGUGCAGCCAGGGCUUCUCCUGCACAGCCUGCGCCGCCACCUCUGAGCUCCCAGGAUCCCGAAAUUGACACGGACACAGAGUCAAGAGAUUCUUGGACUCCUUCCCUCUGGUGGCAAAAGCGGGCUGAGCUCGCAAAAGCUUCUGCGAAGAGGUGCACGAAGGCUCCGAGAACUCGUCCCGAGGUCGCCAAGCGGCCUCUGCUUGUAAGGGCUAGCGAGGAACCCUCUGGAACUGCCAAAGGUAUGCACUGA